CCGUAUUAAACGUGCCAUGGCCGCCCGCAAAAAGGGGCCGCGGGCGGGCGGGAGCGCAGUGCGAGCGGAGCGGGCACCGGGCACGGCCUCGCCACGGAUCUUACCCCUUCUCCGCACCGGCACCUCCCUCGCGGCCGCCGCAGACCAUGCCCUCUCUAUGACGGUGGCUUGCUGAGCCCACCCUGCAUGCCAGAAGAGCGUCCUUGGUCGAUCCGAGGGCUUCUGGGGACUCCGGCCUCCGCCCGGUUUUUCCGUGUGUGUGUGUUCCUGUAGAACUUUCAAAACUGUUUCUCCAAAGGGUUUUGCAGAAACUCAGACUGUUUUCUAAAGCAGAAGCACCUCAGUCCCCGGCAGUAGUGAUGGGCAGCGUGCGAACCAACCGCUACAGCAUCGUGUCUUCGGAGGAGGACGGCAUGAAGCUGUCCACCAUGGCCGUGGCCAACGGCUUCGGCAAUGGCAAGGGCAAGGUCCACACCCGGCAGCAGUGCCGGAGCCGCUUCGUCAAGAAGGACGGGCACUGCAACGUGCAGUUCAUCAACGUGGGCGAGAAGGGGCAGCGCUACCUGGCCGACAUCUUCACCACGUGCGUGGACAUCCGCUGGAGGUGGAUGCUGGUGAUCUUUUGCCUGACUUUCAUCCUCUCCUGGCUUUUUUUUGGCUGUGUGUUUUGGUUGAUUGCGCUGUUGCACGGGGAUCUGGAGAACCAAGAGAACAGCAAGCCUUGCGUGUCUCAGGUGAGCAGCUUCACCGCAGCCUUCCUGUUCUCCAUCGAGACCCAGACCACGAUCGGCUACGGCUUCAGGUGCGUCACCGACGAGUGUCCCAUCGCCGUGUUCAUGGUGGUUUUCCAGUCCAUCGUGGGCUGCAUCAUCGAUGCCUUCAUCAUUGGUGCCGUCAUGGCAAAGAUGGCUAAGCCAAAAAAGAGGAACGAAACUCUGGUCUUCAGCCACAAUGCCGUGGUGGCCAUGAGGGACGGGAAGCUGUGCCUGAUGUGGCGCGUGGGGAACCUGAGGAAAAGCCACUUGGUGGAGGCGCACGUGCGGGCGCAGCUGCUGAAAUCCAGGAUCACGUCGGAAGGGGAGUACAUCCCCCUGGAUCAGAUCGACAUCAAUGUGGGCUUCGACAGCGGCAUCGACCGCAUCUUCCUGGUGUCCCCCAUUACAAUAGUGCACGAGAUCGACGAGGACAGCCCCCUGUACGACCUGAGCAAACAGGACAUGGACAAUGCUGACUUUGAGAUCGUGGUCAUCUUGGAGGGCAUGGUGGAGGCCACCGCCAUGACCACGCAGUGCCGCAGCUCGUAUCUGGCCAACGAGAUCCUCUGGGGCCACCGCUACGAGCCCGUGCUCUUCGAAGAGAAGAACUACUACAAGGUGGACUACUCGAGGUUCCACAAAACCUACGAAGUGCCCAACACACCCAUCUGCAGUGCCAGGGACUUAGCGGAGAAGAAAUACAUCCUCUCCAACGCCAACUCCUUCUGCUACGAGAACGAGGUGGCCCUCAGCAGCAAGGAGGAGGACGAGAUCGACACGGGGGUGCCCGAGAGCAUGAGCACGGACACGCACCCGGACAUGGAGCACCACAACCAGGCGGGGGUGCCCCUGGAGCCGCGGCCGCUGCGGCGGGAGUCGGAGAUAUGACUGGCAGGCUCUGCCUCUCCCGCGGGGCUGGAAGGACAAACGCCCACCGUGUCCGUCGGGCAAGGGCUCGUUGACCUGAGAAGCUGGCCCGGAAGAGUUUGCAGACAACGGUACUGUGGAAGAGUGCUGUGAAGGCAGCAGACCCGAGGAACCCAGGCUGGUUUUAGGGCUGUCCUCAGAGGAGGGACGACAGGAAAUGAACUCUAAACACAAAGCACUAAACAUGUCUAAGUAUGAACAGAAGGCACAUAUGUUGUAGAAUAAAUUAUGUAUAUAUUUUUUUACAAAACUUGAACUUGCAGGCAAGCUUUGGUUGGGUUAUUAUUAUUUUUUUGUUUUCAACUUUUUCCAGAAUGCUUCUCUCUAGGGAACAAGAAUGUUUUUAAUGGCAUAACAAAGGCAAGAAUCUGCCUUAUUAUUAUUAUUAUAAUUAUUUUUUAAAAAGCUGCUGCUAACUACAUGAACACAAAUGGUUAUUUUUGUUGCAGUGUAGUUUUUAUUUUCUCUUGUGUAAUUUAAAAAGAAAAAAAAAAAAGUCAGUGUUGAACUUUUUGGGUUGAAAAGCUCAUGAUCAGUUCAGAGAGGCCAAUGUUGCCCGAAAGUUUAAACUCCUUUUGAGGCCAGUAGUUGAUAGCUAGAAUCAAUUUCUCUCUUUCCAAUUACAUAAGGGGCAUUAUGUAAUAUCAGGCCAAUCAGUAGCCUCCAGCAAAAUUAUGAUUUUUUUGGGGGGAGAAUUUAAUUCUCUGUCUAAAGGAAAAAACGAGACAAAAGAUAUGUAUGCAUAGGAAAAAGUACUAAGUUCAAACUACCUAAGUGGAUACCAAAGAAAAUGCACAGUUUUGCACAGUGGAGUUUAUUUAAAAAAAAAAAAAAGAAAAAAAAAAGAAAAAAAAAAGGAACAGGCUGCUUUAAACAACAACAACAACAAAAAAAUCAAACCUCAGACACUUUUUUGGUUUUGACUUUUUUCUUCUUUUUUUUUUUUCCUUUUCUUUUUAAGACCUUUAUUUUGCACCUUAUUCUAAAGGCUUAAGGCUCGGAUCUAAAGCAAGCUGGGCCUUCUCCUCUUUCCCCCUGUUCUUCUGUGGGGGGAAUGAAAUCCCUCUUUUCUUGUAGGAGAAAGAAACCAGUUGGGGGAAGCAAACCAGCAUCACCUGCGUGUCCUCCCUGGCCUGCCCCAGCUCUGAGCAGAGGAGCUUUCCCUGAAACUGUGCCAUGGACACGUUGUGGAGCUGCUGGCUGAUGCCAGAGGCUGCUGGAGCUUGGCCACGGAUGAGCCAAGCAGCAGAGAAGUCCCCAGAAGAGUUUUUUUGAGGAGGAAGGAAGAGGAGGAAAGGGCCUUGGCAGCACAGCACUCAGGAGUGGCAGAGGGAUGUUUUGUGCGAAAUGCUUCUCUUCAGCAGGGCAGGGCUGUGAGGGAGGUGGAUUUCCACCUGGUGGAGAGAGGGAUUCCUUGGGGAGCACGAGGCUGCACAGGGAGCUCCAUCUCCUGCCUCCCUCCCUCCCCAGCAAACCCCACUCAGUGGGUGACACUCAUCCAUCGCUCGUCACCAAGCACAUUUGUCCCCUUCAGCAAAGCUCUGGUGGUGUUUUGGCUCCUUCACCUGGAAGGCUUGAAGUUCUCUGUGCCUCUAAGCUCGAGGAGACAGCAAAGCUGUGCUUGGCCCCUGCUCGUGGGGGCAGUGGGGAUGGCAAUCCCAGAUGACUCUUGCAGUAUUGGAUCACUGUAUGCCAUUAAAAAACAGCUUGUUCUA